AAGCAAAAUAUUCACCGAUAAUCAGAAAAUUUCGAGAAAAGAAAAUCAAGAAAUCAGAAUCAGGGGUUUCAGAGAUUUGUGAAAAUCUCGAAAGAAGAAUUUGAUUUCAGCCUUAGGUCGAUUCUUUCAAGAUCAAACCCUAAUCUUCUCGGUUCCGAAUUUGAGAGAAAGGGAAUUUAGGGUUUCGAUUUCUUGUUCGGUGCCGAUUCUUGUGAUCGGCGAUAUUAUUUUAACCUUAACGAUUCUGUUUGAAAUUGCAAGGGUAUAAUCCUAACCGUUAGGCGUUACGAUGAACGAUCAAUCGCAGAUGAUGAUGAAUUUGAACCAGAUGAGCCAGCCUCAGAUGAUGAAUCAGGUGCAAAUGAUGAGCCAGCCUCAGGUAAUUAAGCAGCCUCAGAUGCUCACACACAAUCAGGUAAUGAAUCAGCAACCCCAGCCUCAGAUGAAGACAUCUCAGAUUAUGAUGAACCAGACUCAGCCUCCGAUGAUGAAUCGGGGAUAUAAGGUUUGGUCUCAACAGCCUCCGCUUGAUCCCAACAUGAAAUUUCAGAACCCUAUGAAACUGAAUUACCCUUCAUCCAAGCCGGUACGAAGCAACUGGAAGGGGAAGAAGGUCACUGACAAGCGCAAGGACCCUAGAAGAAUGGAAAAACCCAAUUCUAUCCCUCUUAGUAUUCCAAACGGCAGUAUCGGUUACCAGCCCCCUACUCUGCACGAGUUGCAAUCGCAAAAUCGUUUAAAGGCACGUAAGUUCUAUCCUAAGAAGAAGUUUAAUACUAGAUUUGCUCCUUAUGCCCCUAGGAAUACGACAUCGUUUAUUAUUCGUGCCAAGAAGUCUGGUGGUAUAGCAUCGCUUGUGUCGCCUUGCCCUGUGACCCCGGCAGUGCUUCCUACACCUAUACUCUCCCCAUCGAGGGAGGUGUUAGGGGAUAUGGCAAAGGAAGAGUGGGGUGUUGAUGGAUAUGGGUCAAUGAAGGGUCUGAUCAGGCUUCGAUCACCAGGGCAUGAAGCUGAUGUUCACGAUGACGAGGAUGAAGAGGACGGUGGGUCAAGUGAGAGUGAUGUGGAGGAACACGUGGAGGUAGAGAGGAGGCUGGAUCAUGAUUUGAGUCGGUUUGAGAUGAUAUACCCGAAUUAUGGAGUUGACUAUAAUAAUGUCUUAGAGAAUAGGGUCGAUGAUCAGGAUUCCCAUAUUGCACAGUUGGAGGAAGAGAAUUUGACGUUGAAGGAGCGCCUUUUUCUAAUGGAGAGAGAGUUGGGCGAUCUGCGAAGAAGGUUACUGUUUCUUGAGAGGCAGAACCAGGUUGUGGAAGAUGUCAACGAGGAAGUGGUGGAGAAUGGGUCCGAUAAUGAAAGCGACGGGGGAUCAGAUGUUCCUGCUAUGGGAGUGGAGAACAAUUCGGAGAUGGUUGAGUCAAUGAUGGAAAGUGAUAGGAAUGGAAAUAUUGAGGCUAAUACUAAGCUAGACAAUGAGAGAGUGUCGGAGGCUGAAGGUGUAGAUGAUGUUUUCAUGGAAGGGUCUGCUCCGAAUGAGGCGACUGCAAAGAAGGAUGAGAUCAGAGGUAACAAAAUGGAAGGUGACUUUUUGUUUAGUGAAGUCAAGGAGAAGGAUGUGCAGAAGGAUGCAGGGGCGACACAGCAGUAUUUGCCAGAUGAAUUUUUUGCUAAAGAAAAUGAUGUUAUGGAUAAAAAAGAGAGUGGUGAUUUUGAAAUGCUGGACAGAAACGAUGAAUCAAAAACUCAAGGAGCAACAAAUGAAAAUACAAAUGACCUAGUCUUAACAGAGAAGGAUGAAUGCCGGGAUCAAGUAUCAAAGACUCAAGGAGGAACAAAUGAAAAUACAAAUGUCCUAGUCUUAACCGAGAAGGAUGAAUGCAAGGAUCAGGUAGUUGGGACAAGCUCAGAGACUGCCAGGGACGAUGAUAUGUCUGUCGCACGUUAGUUUAAGUUGUUCAUCUGAAUAGGGUUUCAGAGGAGAGGCUAGAAUGGAACACAUUCUUCAACUUUUUAAUGCAUAAAUGUUGGUAUUUGUAGGCUUGUAGAUUUUACAAGGGUUAUAUGGUCUCACCAUUUGAUGUGCCAAUUGCUACUGUGUGGAAUAUUCCCGUGGAAUUAGGUGGAGGAUGCGGGGGUUUGGUAUUAUAAAGGGUUGGCAUGGAAAGGAUUUGGGUUUGGUAUUACAAAAGUUCGCAUGGAAAAGGAUGCAGGGAUAUUAUUUCAAACGAGAGAAUGGAGGUGGUUUUGCUGAUAACAUUUGCUGCUAGGGCUAUACAAGUCAAAUGUGUAAAAUAUGGUAUCUGUUUUUGUCUGUAGGCUCUGCACAAUUGCAUUUGGUGUCUCAACAAAACCAAAAAGAAUUGUUUCAUGAGUGAAGAUAUUUUUGAAUUAAAAUUUGGAGGAGGUUGGGAGAACUUAAAUCUGCUACACAGUCAGUGUUAAAGGGGAAGAGGAGGUCGUCGGAGAGAGACCAUAGUGCAGGAAACUUGCCGCUAUUCCAGGGAACUCUUACUCGCCGGAAACCGCCAUCUCCGGCGCCUGAAAUCUGCAACUGAGAUGGCUUCAUCUUCAGGACAGAAUAGGGUUAUUCAUCCUGGACCAGAUGAUCCUUCAUUAUUGCGCUUACAGAAUAUUAAUGUGUCUGAACAUAUUUGGGAUGGUCGGGAUCAUCCUAUUUUGAAGGUUAGGAAGAGUCAAUUUAUUCCAGCUGGUUUGGAUGGUGUUCCAGAGGAGAUUCUUCCACAUUUAGAGCUUGCAGGAUUUACUGGGAUUGCUCACGUAUGUCAGUUCCCAUUAGACCUCCCGUUGAUCACUGCAUUAGUAGAGAGAUGGAGGCCAGAGACACACACUUUUCACUUGCCUUCAGGCGAGUGUACGAUCAUUUUGCAGGAUGUAUCUGUGUUGUUAGGUUUACGAAUUGAUGGAAGACCUGUGAUAGCACCUAUUGGAGUUAAUUAUGCUGAUAUUGUUGAGGAGAGCCUAGGGAUUAGACCAUCACGUGCAGAUUUUGUUGGUAGCUUCUUGAAGACGAGUUGGCUAGACCAACAUUUUACCCAUGUGGCGAUGCAUGCACAGAAUCCUUUACAGAUCACCAGAUUUGCUAGGGCUUAUAUGUUGCGGUUGAUUGGGGGUUUUAUGUUGAGUGAUCACUCCAGCAGUAGAGUCUCAGUGAGGUACUUACCUUUACUUCAGGAUUUUGCUGUCACUGGUGAAUAUAGUUGGGGGUCUGCAGUAUUGGGAUAUUUGUAUAGAGAGCUGUGUAUGACCACCAACAUGGAUCGACAUGGUUUGGGUGGAUUAGCUGCAUUACUUGUGAUGUGGGCAUGGGAUAGGUUUCCAUUUCUAGGUCUUGGAAACCCGCUUCACACACGACUCCAUCUUCCAUAUGCUACUAGGUGGUUGGCCAAUCAAAGGAAUAGGAAAGGGAGGAAAGACAUAUCUUAUUAUAGAUAUAAAUUUGACAUGCUUAGUGGUGAAGAGGUGUGUGAGUGGCACCAACCAGAUCGGGUAAUGCGACAAUUUGGUAUGGUUCAACAUAUACCCCGUGCUCCUUAUCAGCCAGAUGCACUACAUGACUUGACUCUGCGUGGGAAGGCAACAGAGAAUUGGCAAGAGAAGCUGAGAGAUGUUUUGGACAUUUGGGAGAGAAGGAGAGAGUGGGUCAUGACCAAUGACCCCCACAUUGCGCAGCUAAGUUUUAACUCUGACUAUAUGCGGUGGUAUAGAGCUCACACUAGACGUUGGAUGACAAGAGACGCAGCUGUCUCAUCAUUACUUGGUGAUGGACUUGAGAGAGCCCACUACUUGAUGACAGAUGGCCAUGAUUCAUUCACUUUUGAUGAGAUGCGAGACUUGUGUCAAUCUAUGCUAGUUUUGAAGAAUGAUUUGAACCACAUUAUGGAACCUAUUUCUUCAUCUGAUCCUCCAAUGCAGAGUGGCAAUACUGAGGAUCCAGUUGUAGAUGUCGGUCAAUCGAGGAACCGUAAGGAAGGCAGGGGAUUACAGCGUAGACGCACAGAGGUACAUGCGACAGAAUGGUCUCUUCCACCGAUACCUGAGCGUCCUGAUGGAGUAUUCUAUGUUCCCUCACAGUUUCCUUUCCACACACAGCCCUAUAAUGCACCUACAUAUUUUCACUCAUCUCAGGCUACCCAGCAUCCGCCACAGACUCCUCAAUCACCAUUCCUGACCACAGAGUGUUAUAUCCCAUGUCCAUCACCAUUCUUCACGCCACCUCCAUAUGAUGUUCCUAUUUUGACACCACCAGCACCAGCAGUAGAUAUUGUUACUGGGACAUCAUAUGAUACCUCAUAUAGUCAGGGAAUAGAUUUGAAUGCUGACUUCGAAGCAACGGUAGAUGUUCCACCUGCAGAGGUUCGUCGUAACCCACAUCGUGGAGCCAGAGAUCGACCUAGGGAGUGCAUAUUGACCCCACAUCAGCCCAACCAGCCACACGAGGAUAGAGCUUGAGUUUUUGUAUAAACUAAUUAUACAUAUUUUGUGUACCUUUACUAGAUGUUUUAUGACAUAUGGUACUUUUUAUUCAUUUUAAUCAUCGAUCGAUUAAAAUUUACUCAUGUUAUAAAUCGUACGAUUAACUUUCAGGUAUGUGAUUCAUGUUACAUGUUAAGAGAAAUAAGGUGAUAUAAACUACAAGU